UUCCAGCCACAGUAUAGUUUGAAAAGUGAUGAGAUUAAUCUACAACAGAUGUGAAUUUAUACAACCAAAAGAAAUAAUCAGAUAUUCGUUACAGCUGAGAAUAACCAAAAUAAAAGCGUAUCUGACUCUAGUGGAUUGUUAUUUAUCUUUAUCUGCUCCUCUCUAUACAAAAUACAAGAUCUUCACAAUACUUAACAUGAUUUUUUUAUUGUACAUCUCUUUUUAGGUGUAAGUAUGUUCACUUAGCUACAGGUUUGCCAAUAGUUUUUCAUAAUUUUUUUUACACAUUAUUCUGAUUUACACACUUAUUCCACAUAACACAGUGGCUUCGAUUAUAUGCAGAGCAUAAAUUAAGCAAAGUGCACUUAAAUAAAGAUGACCCUCAGUUUGAGCAAACCUACCACCAGAUUUUCAAUCCACUAGUGAAAUCUAAUUUUAAAAACACUUUUAAAACAAUAUACAUUUCAAAUGUUGUGAAACUUUUUAUAUUCUUGCUGUUAUGAAUUAAAAAAUGUCAGAGAAAAUUGUCUUAUUAGACUUUAGGAUCUUGUCCUGCACAGCUGUUUUUGUUUUUAUUGUUUUUAUACGCAAAUUAAACUACAAUCUGAUAGUAAUGAGCACCAGCAUACAGCGUUUGCUAUUCACUAACAAGAAAAAUUACAUAUAACAAUAAAUAAAUACUAAUCACAACAUCCUGUAGUUUGAUCACCUUUUAUGAUAGAAAAGACACUAAUUUAUCUUGUUUCUGAGCAGACAUGCAGGGCUCGUCCCCUGACUCGGGAUCAGAACCAUAAACCCCUCACUGCCACACAGACAGGACAGAGCACUUCCACGGUGGAGCCGGACAGCCUUCAGUCCAACGACCCAGCCUGAAGCACGGAGACGGACAGACGGACAGACAGUCUGAUGCCAACUGUCUCACCUGUCAAUCUCUCGGCACCACUCCUCCUCCUGCUGCUGCUGCUGCUGCUGCUAUGCACCACCCACACCACCAUGGCAACCAACUGGCUCUCCCUGGCGAGGCUGCCUCGCUCCAGAGCCGUGUCUGGUGCCGCUCCAUGCGCCCGGCUGAGGGGGCUGACCCCGGGGCAGGUGGGGGUGUGCAGGGCGAGAGGGGAGGUCAUGGAGUCCGUACGCAAAGCAGCAGAAAUGGUCAUAGAAGAGUGUCAGCAUCAGUUCAGGAAUCGCCGCUGGAACUGCUCCACCACGCCACGUGGGAUCAACGUGUUCGGAAGAGUCAUGAAUCAAGGUGCGUCCCUCGCUGAGAUGACACGGAGGAGCAGGCGUUCACUGAGUUUUAAAACAUGCGAUCCCUGUUUCCCUUUCUUCUUCUUUUGUGUUGCUGUUGUGGUGCCAGGCACUCGUGAGGCGGCCUUUGUGCACGCUCUGUCUUCAGCAGCAGUGGCGGUGGCCGUGACCCGAGCCUGCACCCGUGGCGAGCUGGAGAGGUGUGGCUGCGACAGGAAGGUCAGAGGCGUCAGCCCUGAAGGCUUCCAAUGGUCAGGGUGCAGUGACAACCUGUCCUAUGGGGUGGCGUUUUCUCAAACCUUUGUGGAUGAACCUGAGCGGGCCAAGGGGCUGUCAGCGGGACGCCCACUCAUGAACCUACACAACAACGAGGCCGGUCGAAAGGCCAUCCUGCACAACAUGCAGGUAGAGUGUAAAUGUCAUGGUGUCUCUGGCUCCUGUGAACUAAAAACCUGCUGGAAAGUCAUGCCCCCAUUCAGACGUGUUGGAGUUGUACUCAAGGAACGCUUUGAUGGAGCCACUGAGGUCCGAUUGACUCGUAUUGGGUCCAGGCCAGCUUUGCUCCCUCGUGACCCCUACGUCAAACCCCCUGCUGCCAGAGACCUCGUGUAUGUGGCACCUUCCCCAGACUUCUGCCACCUUGACCCAGAUAACGGCAUCCCAGGGACUGCUGGAAGAAGAUGCAACGGAACGUCCCGGCUGGCUCCAGACGGCUGUGAGCUGGUGUGCUGCGGGCCCGGCUACAGAGCGGGCCGGGCCGAGGUGGUGCAGCGCUGCUCCUGCAAGUUUUCCUGGUGCUGCUCAGUCCGCUGCCAGCAGUGCAAGAAUACAGUCACCAUUCACACCUGCAGAGUUUGAAACGGCUCAAACAAAAGCAGACUGAAGUCAAUUAAAGACCCAAAUAAUCCAGCAGAGAGGUGCCGCAGAGUAAAUACGUCAGAUAAUUAUAUGAACUUUCUGGCACUUCUAAUUUGAAAGCUGCAGCAAACAAAUCUGUAACUAUGAGAGUUUUGUGGAACAGCAUUGCAAAACUGCAAAGGAGGGCAGAUUCACAACAGCAACCUAAACCUUCACCUGACAAAGCUUUUAAAGCUGAAAUUAACUAAAACUAACAGAAACAUUGCAGGAGUGUUUUUCAUGCUUAUACAUUAUGUCUUACACUAGCAGGUCUUUGAACGUGUUCUGUAUUUAUGUUUCCUUCUUUGUUCCUGGUUUAUUUAUUUUUUACAGUUGUGUUCAAAGUAAUGCAGUCUAAGAUCACUAACUGGAUCAAACAACGGUUUUGGUCAAAAUUAUAUUUAUAUGUAGUAGCUGAUGUAGUACAGUAACAAAAACCGAACAGAGCCCACAGUCGAGACAUGUCGUUUACUGUUUCUGUGUAAUUAAUUAAAAUUGACCUGUUCAAAAUAAAACAUGGUCAUGGAGCUUUCCUGUCAAAUCUGAGUGAAAUGCAGUCAGAAGAACAAAAUGGUGUGAAUAGAAAGUUGAUUCAACAAUGGAAAACUAAUAAAUAAUACAUUU